AGUAGUAUUAAUUCUGUAGUAAUAUUUAAGACCGUGCUGAUAAACUGUCCCUUGUUUAGAUUUUAUAUAAUAUUAUUUUAGGCAUUAUAACGAUUAUAAAAAUAUUACGUAAAAUGUAAUAGCCAGGCUAUAUAGAUUUAAAAAAGAAGAAUUAUAUUAUUAUGCUUUUCAAGGUCAAGAAACUAUAACCAACUAUUAUUAUAUUUGUUUCUUAAUAUGUUAAAUACAUAUAUAUAGUUUGAAACUUUUCAUCAAACCACUUGAUAUAUUUAUUUGUUGAUAAUGGCAUUUAUUGAUAAAUCUGAUAACUAUGGAAGAUAAUAACCCCUUAUGCUGCUGCGAAUACUAUGAUGUAAACUAUGAGAGAAAUCACAUUUUAGCAUGCUGUUGUAAUUGUGAAGAUUUAGACGAGGCUUUUGAAAGUUUAAUAACUCGUCAUGGAGUUACAGAAAAAAAUAAACAGGGUCUAAUUAUGACUAUUCAAGAUAGGCUGAGAAUACCUUGGAAAGGAGGUGCAAAGCAAGUAGCCUUUGAUGCUCUUUUACCAGUAUUUAUUAUACCUGUAAUGUUACUAACUGCUAGUAUUAGUCUUUGGUGGACUAUCUUUGCUUUUACGACAGUAAUAAUAUUUUUGAUACUGAUCUCAAAUUUUUUAAUAAGAACAUUACCAUAUACUAAAUUUUUUCUAAUGUGGGCAAUAACUUCGUUAGUUGUAUUAUAUGUGAUAUUUGAAUUUGUUGUCAUACCUUUUCUGGAAAUAUUAUUAGAAGAAAAUAUUGCAUUAAGUAUAUUAAUUUUUGGAUUUAUCAUGAGUGUGUACACAAUGAAGAAAAAAACGAAUGACCUGCCUAGGCUAGGGGAAAAUGAGGCUGAGAAAGGUUUGAUUACUAGAAAUUGUAACAGAUUGGUAAACUGCUCAAUUUGUCAAGUGAGAGUUCCUGAUAAAGAUCAUCAUUGUAUUUGGUUUGAUUGCUGUGUAGGGAAACAUAAUCAAUGCGUUUUUAUUUUGUCAUUGCUAUUUGCAAUUGGAGCAUUACUUUAUAGUUCAAAUUUAACUUUAACAUCUGUAUGCCAUCCUUUUAUACUAUAUAAGACAAUUUUACUACCAGAUGAUUGUUCUGAAGUAUAUAAACUUUUUGAAUUGGGCUUAUCCUUCGUAUCAGCUAUAUAUAGUCUUGUAAUAGCUUUUCUUCUGCUUAUAUUAUUUUGUCAGCAACUGCUAUUAGUAUCCAUGGGAAUAACGUUAAAGGAAUGGCAGCGUUUACCUUUCAGAAUGAAGCUGUGUCUUGGUUUAACCGCCAACAGGCCUAACAGCCGAGGUUUUUUUAAAAAUUGGAAAUCUGUCAUAUGUUGGAAUAGGUACAUCAAUAGCUCUUUUAGUCAAAUGUAGAUAUAAGCAAAUUUAAAUUUUAGAUAAGCAAAUAUAUCUUUUUAUCCGUAUAAAUGUAUGAAUUUAUACGAUUAGUUUAUUUAUAUAUGUAAAUAAAUUUUCAAAAAUAUCAAAAUAAGCAUACAGAAGUGAAAGAAGUGUACAGUUUGACUUCUUGUAUUUUGGUCUAUGCGGAUGUCUGCGGAGAAAUUUUCCAUGAAAAUUAUAUCAAAUUAUGAUAAUUCUUUUUAGAAAAUUAUUUACAAUCAAGUAUUUUAGAAUCAUUGAGUAUCAAGCUUCAUAGUAUUUUAUUAUAUUUUUUGUCAACUCAGUUAUCAUUAACUUUUUAGCGCCAGUACCCAACAGGUCAACUAAGACUCAAAUUUUUGCUUAAUUUUUUACUUUUAGGUUCACAAUUGAGUCAUGUUUUGUUUAUUAAUAUAUGAUUUGUUAUUGAAUCAUUCAAAUUUAAAAAGAAAUGUUUUCCAUUGGGAAUUCAUUCAGUGACCUCGAGGUUAGAUAGAAACUACCUUACUCCUAAACCAUAUGCUAGAAUGGUAAAUGAUUAAACAAUGAUACAUUGUAAAUUAAUUGGUAGCUUCCUUUUUUCCCGGUGGAAGACAUCAGUUAUAUUUUACUUUGAGAAGUAAUUAUUCUAUGUCAGCAAAUGAGCAGUGGUGGAUUUAUGCCUAGGCUCGUGAGGACCAGUCCUAGGACGGCAUAAUUUGUAGGGCGGCAAAAUUUUUGAAAUGACAUGCAUGCAAAAGUAUAUUGAUCUCAAUUUAGUACAGGCGAAUUAGGCGAUUUUGAGCUAAAACCUUAAAUUGGGCAGUUUUGAUUUUGUUGAUUCUAGCAGAUUUUGGAAUACUGAAUAGGUCUAGCAACUCUUAAGAAAGUUAAAAUCGGUUUAUAUACUCAAAAAUGUUUUGAAUUAUAUUUUUUCACUCUAUAUAUGAAUAUUUAUUCAACUUUUAGUUGUAAUAUUGAUUUAUUGUAGUUUCUAAAUAUAUGUAAAUAUAUCUAUUUUUUAUUGAAA